CUUUGAUUCAAUCCGAUACUUGGCGGGCCAGUUUGGUAGAUAUGUUUUCGACACUUGAUGCCACUUCCUUGAAAGUGAUAAAAAGCCAAAAGCCAGAUGAAAAUUCGAAAUCUUCGAUUUCCGUUAGGCAAUUCAUGGUUGAUAAACCUGAUUCGAAGAAGAAGCUGAGAUCAAAGACUGGCUGUUUACAUUGCCGAUUCAAAUUGAAGAAGAAGUGUGAUGAAGUCCAUCCUACUUGUACGUCGUGUAGGAAGAGGGGGGUGGAAUGCGUUUGGACUAUUCAACAAUUUAACCCAAAGACCACCAAACAUAGCCUUAGUAAAGUGGAAGAUUUGAAAGGCUUGUUUAGUAGUAAGAAUUCUCCAAAUUAUACUCUAGAUGAACCAUUUUCUCCAUUUUUGAAAGAUAUUUUACUAAAUGAAGAGCCGCUAAAUUCCAUAGAAGAGUUGGAUGAUAAUGGUGAACCUAUUGAAAAUUAUAUAAAUCAAGCUGUUUACACCCCAAUAUAUCUUCAGCCAUCUAGUAAUUUCCAGUUGUUUCUUGAUGGGUCAGGUAUUGAGCUAUUUGAUGUCUACAGAUACCGCGUGAUUCCAAUGAUUAGUGUUUGUCCAGACUCUUCCAACUACCUUUUGAAAACUUACGUUACUUUGGCGGCUACUGAAGAAGCAAUUCUGAAUUCUUUGGCGGCUUGGGGUGCGGCCAAAAGGGAUGGUCCUGAUAGCGAAAGUCGGAACUAUUAUCGAAAUAAAGCAAGAGAAAUCAUCGAAGAAAAGUAUAUAAAUAACCCAAAUCUUGAUAAAUAUGGUUUCUAUGUCCUACUUGCCUAUUAUCUUAUUGAUAGCGGGCUGGAAGUAUUCCUGGGUGAUACAAACAAAUGGUAUGUUUCUUUUAAAUUAGCUGAAGACUUACUUAGAAGGUAUGGGUCAGCUAAGAAAUUUUUACAUGAUUUUAAUUAUUCGAAUGAUGCAAAAUUUUUGAUCGCAAAUUUCCAAUAUAGGGACAUCAUGUCAUCAGUUUCUUUGAGAUUUGGUACGACAUGUAAAAUAUUAACUUAUCAAGAUGCUUUUAGUAAACAGUUCAGUUUAUUGGAAUAUGGAAUCGAUCCUUAUCAAGGUUGUAUUCAGGGCCUUUAUUUGCUUAUGGGUGAAAUAUUCAAUGGAAGUGUAGAGUUGAAACAUAGUCGUGAAGAUCUAAAUGCGAGAUUGAAACAAGCUGAUGAGGUUCUACCACAUGAUGAAGAAUUUACAAAAGAUGUCAAUAACAGAAGGGUCAAACAUUAUAUUAACGCUGACUCUAUAUAUUUCGAGCUAUUAAGCAAAAUAGAGAAGAUAUCACCAAAUGAAGAUCAGCUAUAUUUCUUGAUGAAUAAUUCUUGUGAGCUUGAUUACCAUUUAGCAUUAUUUGAAUUAUAUCGAAAUACCUGUAAACUAUAUUUAUUGAUUUACAUUCGUCAAAUCCAACCCAUAUCAAGUGAGAUCCAAUUGAUUUUACUUGAUUCUUUCAAACUAAUAGAUUUUGUUAUGGAAAGUCAUCUUCGUACCUCAUUAGUCAUGACAUUAAUAGCAUGUGGUGUGUGUUGUGUAACUAAUUUAGAUCGCUGUGAAAUGAGAAAGAAGUUCAACAAACUCCAUUCACUCUGCAAAGUCGGAAACGUUAAGAAGGCCUUAAAGAUUGUGGAAGAAUGUUGGCUUCGAAACACCAAGGGUGAAUAUUGCCAUGACUGGGUUACGGUUUGUGAGGGAUUUGGUUGGAAAUUAUCUGUUUGCUAA